AUGUCAGUGUGUGGAGUGUUGUGGCUGGUACUCAUGGUGUUGGCAGACAGGAUCCAUGGCUACGUGGAGACUGAGGAGUUUAUCAGUGACCUGGACAAGCCAAUACCAACGGCGCACGCGCAAGGCGUGUUGGGGAAGAAGGCAGCUCUCCCGUGUGACAUCCAGCCCCUAGCUGCAGAGGACCAUGUCUCCAUGGUGCUGUGGUUCAAGGAGACUGAUGGAGAACCGCUGUACAGCUACGACGUCCGCGGCCGCCUAGCCUCACAGCCGAAGCUGUGGUCCUCAUCAUCAGGCUUCGGCACCCGCGCCUACUUCAGAGCGGCUGCUAACCCUGCAGUGCUGUUCGUGGACAGCGUGGUGUCUUCUGAUGCUGGCGUGUAUAGAUGCAGGGUCGACUUCAAGAACUCGCCCACCAGGAACUUGAGGGUUAACUUUACUGUUAUCACACCACCAAAUAGGCCGACUAUCAUGGAUGCGAAGACUAGGAGUCACACGCGUCUUCUGGAGCCAUACAAUGAGGGAGACACCUUGGAACUGGCAUGCGAGUGCUUCGGAGGUGACCCUCGUCCUCGCCUCACAUGGUACCUGGAAAACACGGUGAUAGAUGACUCCUUUGAGCAGCGUCCUGAUGGCGUGACGGUGAACACGCUGACCUUCCCCAACGUGGGGCGACAGCAUCUGAACGCCAGGCUCGUCUGUCAGGCUUCUAAUACCAACCUAGCGGCUCCGGAGGCUAAGCUGCUCAUUCUGGAUAUCAAUUUAAGGCCACUGAGCGUGCAGAUCCUGAACAAGCGAGCACAGCUGUCAGCAGACAGGAAUUACGAGGUGGAAUGCAGGGCUGUGGGCUCCAGGCCUGAAGCCCAGGUCACCUGGUGGAAGGCCGGGAGGCAGUUGAAGAGGAGUGCUAAGAAUUUUUCUGACAACAACGCGACAGUGAGCACUCUGAACUUGGUGCCGAUGGCGGAGGAUCAUGAGAAGUACCUGGUCUGCCGCGCCGAGAACACCAGGGUGCCUAAUGCUGUUAUUGAAGAUCGAUGGUUCUUGAAUGUUCAAUAUGUGCCAAUAGUGACCCUGAAACUAGGUUCGAACCUAAACCCCAGCUAUAUCAAGGAAGGCGAUGGCGUGUACUUCGAGUGCAGCGUCAGAGCAAACCCUAAGACCAAGAAACUAACGUGGUAUAAAGGGGUACAAGAGAUCCACCACAACGCCAGCGCUGGCAUCAUCCUGAGCGACCAGAGCCUGGUGCUGCAAAGCGUCACCAGGGCUUCUGCUGGGGACUACAGCUGCCUCGCUUAUAAUAAUGAAGGCAGUGCCACCAGCAACCCAGUGUCCUUGCAGAUUAAUUAUGCACCAAUGUGCAAGACAUUAAACGAGGGUGAGGUCUACGGGGCGCUGAAGAUGGAGACAGUGGUGCUCCAGUGUAUGGUGGACUCCUCACCACCCCCCACCUACUUCAGCUGGUUCUUCAACAGUUCGGGGGAACAGACUGAGAUAUCGCCCAGCCUCUACACGGUCUUCGGGAACACCUCAACUCUUCGCUACACCCCCACCACGGACCUGGACUUCGGCACAGUUCUAUGCACUGCCACCAACACCGUGGGAAGACAGGAGGUGCCCUGUCUAUACAAACUCGUUGCUGCAGGGAACCCCACGGCUCUGCAGAACUGCUCGGUGGUGAACCAGAGUGCUGAUACUCUGCUGGUGGAGUGCCUCGAGGGCUUUGAUGGGGGACUGCCUCAGGUGUUCUAUAUGGAAGUGUUGGAAUUGCCUUCGUUGAUGGUGCGAGCAAACGUCUCCUCAAACCACACUCCAACGUUCGAAGUCCGAGACCUGGACAGCCGCUCCAGCUACACCCUGGUGCUGUAUGCUGCCAACGCUAAGGGCAGGAGUGAGGAGGUCACGCUCUAUACUGUGGCCAUCAGGCCGCCUGAUAAGUAUACAGGAGUGAGCACUUCAAUCCCGCUGUCUCCAAUGCUGGUCUCCCUGCUGUCAGUAGCUGCACUGCUCUGCACAGGAGUCUGUGGCGUCAUCACGGCGCUAUACCGGCGACAUGCAGCCAGGAGACACGACAUAGAUAAGCAUCCUCCUUCCACCAACGCACUCUACAUGGAACAAAGCGUGGAGUCGUUGUCGAAGCAGGACAACCUGAACACUUACUGUGCGUCUCCCAAGCUGGACUACUGCAGUCAGUACGAGCUGAAGAUGGAGGGAAGUGGGGAGGAUACUGACCCUGAUAUCAUUCCUUGUCAUUAUGAUAAGAAACCAAUAGGUGAAUACAGUAAGCUGUCUACUCCUGGGUUAGACGCAGACCCUCACAGGAUAUUCAGCGAUAGACCAAUCAUACCAGGCAGUGCUUCAUCAGUAAGUAUAUGCGUAGUCAACCGCGGGGUGACAGCUCGCAGCGCCGACAUCGCGGCGGCGCGCCGGCCUGAAGUCGUCACCACUGCGAGAAAGGUGCGCGAGAGUUGCAUUUAGACCUACUUUUAGAUAGUGAUGGACACUUGUGACUGAGUGAUGUGAUGCUGUGGUAUUUGGGUGUAGAUUUUAAGUGUAGAUAGAAAUUUUAUGAAGAUUUUAUUCGAUUUUGUUAAUGUAAUCUCUCUUGUAAAACGAUUCUCUCCCUGAAGGUACUUGGAAAAUUUCUACACCUACA